CUCCUCCAACCAUGAAGUUCUCAGCAUUCUUAUUACCCACACUCCUUGUAAUCUCUCACGCAUUCCCUGUUGUCAAAAAAAGAGAUGAAGUUUUAACAACAAUAACGAACGUCUACACCGACUAUACUACCACGACAAGAUCGCAGUCAACAUUUACUAACACUAUAGUUCACAUGGAAACCGUGACUACCACGAAAAUCACCGGUACCGUCACCGUUACGCUUUAUCCGGGUCAAAGCAUACCAACUCAAGUACAGAAGGUGGAAACUGUCAGUGUUUCGCCUAAGGCCCAUACGAAGAAGAAAGGCGAUGACAAGGUAGUGGUGAAAGAAGUUGAGACUGCUACUGUUGACCCUCCAGCUACAUCAGCUGAAGCUGUUACAACUAAAGCAGAUGGACCAACUACUAGCACUGAAUCUACUAGUACUGACUCUAGUGAUAAUGAUAAAACCACUACUCCAACUACUAGUUCUACCAGUGGCACCCCUGAAUCCACAUUAGCUGACCCUACCACAAGUUCUUCUGAUGAUGAUACUCCUAGUACCUCCAAUGAUCCUACUACUUCCAAUGAUCCUACUACUUCCAAUGAUCCUACUACUUCCAAUGAUCCUACUACUUCCAAUGAUCCUACUACUUCCAAUGAUCCUUCUACUUCCAAUGAUCCUACUAUCUAUCCAACUACAAGCUCCUCUGAUAAUGAUACUACUACGACUUCUAGUGAUCCUACCGUUGAUCCAAGUACAAGUUCUUCCGAUAUUAAUACCCCUACAGCUGACCCCUCUACAAGUCAUCCAACUUCCACCGCUCCUUCUUCAACUAAAUCACCCAGUAUCACUGCCACUCCAACUACCCAUACCCCAACUACAACUCCUGCACCUUCUACCUUCCCAUCAUCAUGGAUAAUCGACAGCAUUACCACCGAAACAACCGAUGGUGUCUGUUAUGUCGAUUAUUACUACCAUUACGACACAGAAACCGAUGAACCACCAAUCACCCUGACUUCUACUAUUUACACUACGGUGACUAAAAUAUGAUUGUACCAGUCUUUUUGUAUAAAAGUUUUUGUAUCUUUAUGUAACUAUAAUAAAAGUAUACCCUUAU